UACCGAUAAUUUGAGGCACUGAGGUGUAAGGUCGAUCUAUACACAUGAUACAAGGACAGGGUUGCCCCAACUACUGAUAUGGACGGCUGAUAUCUGAGACUAAUAGAUAAUCAGUUAUGAGUUCUUGUGGCUUACAUUGCAGCCCUGCCCCCACAUUGCCUUGAGCAUACGCCCAUGAAAAUGCUAUUGUUGUGCAGUGCAGCAGGUAGAGAGACUUAUAAACAUGGCUAUUUUGUUUAACUAUAUUACGCUGGUUCUCCUGCUUGGAACUGCUCACAGUCAAAACUUGAGGUAUUCUCUGUUCACUUCUGUUGACUCAUCAGGAGUGGUGCCUGCCAUUGAGUUAGCAGAGGAGCUGAUUAAUGCUGACAGCUCUAUUCUACCUGGCUACAACCUCACUCACACACCUGUGGUGGACACAAUGUGUGAUAGAACUGUGUCACUGAAUGAAUACUUUGAUGCCAUUUCUCCACCCCACCCGACUGUGCUUGGUCUCCUGGGCUGUGGCUGCUCAGUGGCCUCUACUCCUGUGGCAGAGAUCAUUCACCACAACAGUAUCUCACAGAUUUCGUAUGCUUCAUUAUUGUCCAAGUUGAGUAACAGAGAUAGUUUCCCCAACUUCUUCCGUACCUACCCCUCUGACACAAUCUUCACUCCAGCCAUAGUCAGCCUCAUUCAAGAGUAUGGCUGGAAACGCAUUGCCUUCAUCACUCAAGAUGAGAACUUGUUUACUGAGACAUUGGCACAAGUGCAGGAUCCUUUAGAAGAAGCAGGAAUUGAGGUGGCCAACAGAAUGAUCUCAUCUCCAUUCCCUAUGACUGGACUGGGUGCAAAUUUUUUUUUUGAAGACGAGGAUUAUAGAGUUUUCUUCGUAAAUACCUACUCAACUACUGGCAAACAAAUCAUUUGUGAGGCAUACUUGAGGGGGUACACUUAUCCCAAAUAUGUGUGGUUGACCUACGGCUGGUACCAGGACAGGUGGUGGACAGAGGAGGUGAACCCAGAGCCAACAAACUGUACUGAUGACCAACUAGCAGAGGCCCUGCACAGAUCCAUCGCACUUCAGUUGCUGCCAAAUCUGAGUAAACUGAAUUCUACAACUGAUACUGGCUUGACACCGAGGGAAUUUGAUUCUCUAUAUAAAAGAAGGCUUGCAAACAAUACUCAAGAUAACUAUACGUACACCUUUUUCGCAACCGUGGCUUACGAUGCACUCUGGACAUUUGCUAUCGCGUUGAACAAGACCAAUGAGAUGGUUCUUGGUCUGACAAGAGAGGAGAUAUUGAACAUGACUCAGUGUGGAGGGACUGUUGAGGAGACUGGUGUAGAGUGGGAGGUGGUGUCACUGGAGAACUUCACCUACUCCAAUCAGCUCAUGGGAUGCAUCAUCAGGUGGAACCUGGAGAAAACAAACUUUGUAGGAGUCUCUGGGCCAGUACAGUUUGACAAUGAUGGAUCUCGAGUUGUUAAUAUUGUGGACAUUUUCCAGUACCGUUUAAUAAUCAAAGAGUCAGCAGUAAUAUCUCGUGUAUAUUUCAGCUUCACCCAAAAUAUCAAUGAUUCCCAUGCGGAAUUUUUUUACAAGAGUGGAGAGAGUAAUAUCACUGUAUUUCCAAGUUCCGAAGGAGGAGUCCCACCAGAUGGUAGACCAGUGCCUCAGUUUAUCACGUACAAUUUAGCUCUCGUGAUUCCCUAUUACAUAUUGGCAGCUAUUGGCCUCGUCUUUUGUACGGUCUGUCUACUCUUCAAUUUCACGCAAAGGAAAAAGAGAGUUGUGAAAUUGACCAGUCCCAACAUAAACUACUUUAUCAUUGUUGGAGCUUACUGUAAUUACAUCUCCAUCUAUCUGAGAGUGUUGCCAAGCACCGACUACACUGUGACCUUAGUGAGAUGUUUCAUUACCUCUACUAUAAAUACAAUCGGAAUCAGCUUGGCUUUUUCAGCAAUUCUGGUCAAAAUGGGGAGAGUCUAUUACAUUUUUCAUAACCCAUCACUUGGAAAAAAGACACUAAACGACUGGAAGCUGGUGCUAAUAGUAAUGGGCAUAUCUGGAAUUGGUGUUGUGCUAGCAGUUCUGCAAGUCACAGUGCCACAGCUUCAACCAAUACCAGAUGCACUAAAUGUCACUACAGACACCUUUUCAAGAAAUGAAUUUGGUGAAAGGACAAGCGAAAUGGUUUACCAAUGCUAUACAGAAUCUGUUCAGACAAUCUAUCUCACACUUACGAUUGUGUAUCUAGCAAUUCUUCAAAUUAUCGGGAUUGUCCUCGCUAUUCAAACACGCAAAAUCAAGAUCAAACUGCUGAACGACUCCAAGUACAUUGCUGCAGUGAUCUACAUUUCAAGUAUUGCUUUGUUCUUUAUUGGAAGUAUCGUUCUAAUUCCUGAUCAUCUCAUCAACAUAGAAGAGGCCAUCUACUGCGGAAGUAUACUUAUUGCGACAACUUUCUUCCUGGCUCUCAUCUUCAUUCCUAAGAUGAUCAGCUUGUAUCGAGAUCCAGAAGGAAAGUUUGUGUUGAAUCAGGCAAACAAUUCAGUACAAACUAACGGAACAAGCGAGAACCUUGUCAGUGGAGAUGCAACGACUCAAAUGAAGGUGAGAAUUGCAAAGUUAGAAACACUUUUGAAGAAUGACAAUACAUUGACCUGUCCAAAGUGUCAUUCAGACUAUCUGUCAAAAAUUAAUGGCCAGAACUGUUCCAAAACUGACAAUGGAACCAUGACUGAUUUCGAAGAAGAUAUUUCUUUCUACUUCUAGUUUUAGAUUUUUGCUUUUGCUCUAGCACUGCCAUUGCAUAAUUAUUAUCAUUGUGCUGAGAUGUUA